AUGAGUUCCUUUCAAUCUGAACUGGAUAUCGCUCCGUCUGUUGAAGAACGAAGCGUGAUUAUCCACCAAAGCAGACUACACUGGGAGUUUUUGCGUGAGAUGACAGUCGAUGAGCCGUUAAGUUACGUACCAGACAUCUGUCAAAGACUUGAGAAUGUCCCUGACUAUACACAUAGUCGUCAUGCGGAAUAUAUUGACCCAUCCAACCAAUAUGUAUUUGGUAAAGGGGUCGCGAAAUGGUCAACAACAGAUACAUGGGGUUGUGAGGCUCCUCACUCUUUGGAGGAGAGUGAGUGCAAUUCAUCGCAUAGUGAAGACUUCAUGCGCCUGGCAGAGAACAAGAUGGUGGUACAAGAUGUCUUUCUAGGCGUACGGGAUGCUCUUCCUUGCUACCUCGAUGAAAGUCAUGGAUUGAGAGGCUGGAUUGGCAAUGGAGAUGGAAGGGACUACGUGGCAGUGCUGACCCUGGCAUGGGCUUAUAUCCUUUCCAGCGCCUGGGCGACGUCACAGAACGGGAAGAUUAGAUAUACGGCUGCGGGGGCACCGACUUGCGCCUCAGGCCAGGCUUAUGGCCCAGCUCUAGAAAUUUGCACCGAGAAUCCAGAAGUCGUGAGGUGGUGGUCGGCAGUCCUUGCUCCUGGGCAAGGAUGGGUAGCCUCAAUUCGUCUUGGUGGUGAUGUUGAAUACCAGUCACCAUGGGCAAUUCACCUCAUCAGUUACCUGAAUUUGACUAUGUGCGGACCUGCACCUGUAACCCCUAUAGAAUGUCCGAACGCGCCUACUAGCUAUCAGUAUCUCCGACAUUUCUGCCUCCAAUACGGCCUUGUGGAGCAGGCGAAAGCAGCCCUCGUGGCAGCCCUCAUGAUCCCCACACACGCACACACUUGGACCACUUUCGUGCUACCGGCGCCGAAACUUACGCAUUCCAAUCCUCCGACGGUGAGUUCAGGGUCGCAAUGUGAAGUCCUCGAUGAGCUAAUUUGUCGGAUACCACACCUUAUGACUAUUAGUUCUGCUUGUACUGUGCUUGAUUCUCUUCUCUGCAGCGUCUUUUUCGAACCGUCAGUUCCAUGCAAUCUAUGCAGUGAUUGGUUAGAGCCCAUAUUCCCGAUCCUUGACUCCGUGGACCUGCGCCGCGCUACAACUAUGUGCAUGUUCCAAGGUGCAUCAGUUCAAGGUUGGUGGCUGGGGAGUGCGAUCACUGGCCUUGAUAGGUUUGUUCUGCGGGAGACUCGACGCGGCACACCCUAUGUGAACCUGCAAUCCUGGUGGUGGACGCAGACACCUCAAUCCUUUAUAUGCUUUGCAUACUCAGACCCAAUCGGUAGCAGUGAGACGCUUAUUACUCGUGAGAAAGAGACGUUUUUACUCUUUCUUUCUCAAAAAAACUGGAUCAAUACCCCCCCACCUUGGAAACCUCCUGGUAGAAUUGUGAUUAGUGACUCUCAUCUAGCCGUUCAGCAACACGCUCGCUGCACUGGCCAUUCUCUCCGUUACAUGUCAUGGUGCUGGGUCACCAAAAAGGGCGAGUAUCUCGCGGACGCGGGCUAUACAUCUCCGGGAGAUAAACUGCCACCGGUAAACUUAGGCAGCCUGGCCAGGCUGGAGUGGUCUGAACCCGACGUGGAUAUAGCUCCAGAAACUAUGGAUCAAUAUGCCUCAAAAAUAUGUUCUGAUACAAUAUUCGGAUGUAUUUGGAAGGAAGGGGUGGCGGUUCAUGACAGAGAUUUACAUGAAUCUCUGGGAAGGUGGUUAUACGGGGACCCGAUCCCUCCGAGCUCAACCCAAGAAAAUGACCCAAUGUUGGAUUCUGAUGACUUGGACGGUAUAGUAUCAACGAAUGUUGCAGAUAUUGAGGCCUGGCUUGAUCUGAUAGUGGAGACCGCACCUGGCAUCAUGACAUUGCGCGAGUCAUAUUACCUGUAG